UUCCAGUGCUGACGGUGGUUUCAGCACUGGGUAACCAGCGCUGAAUGACCUCUGAACUGGUUCGCCGCCGCAAGUUCAGCACUGGUAACCGAGUGCUGACAGCAGUUCAGCACUGGAAAACCAGUGUUCGCAUGGGGUUCAGCACCGAAAUCCAGUGCUGAGCGAGCUUCAGCACUGGAACAAGGCCGUUCAGCACUGGAAAAUUCUUCAGCACUGGGCGCCUAGUGCUGAGGCCGAUUCGACCCGUUGAUUCAACACUGGAACAUCAGUGCGGAAUCCGCUACUUCUGUACACUUGAUACAAUUUACAGAAAUGUGCGACAAAAAGGGGUAUUCGCUUCUGAUGUUUUUAGACCGUAUUUCUGAACUUUGGAUAAAAACAGGCUCAUAAAGACCCCUGGCAUUCUACAUAAAUCCACACAAGUAAGCGCGAGUUGUCUUAAGUACGCUGCGAAUCGUCCCGACGAGAACAGGACAGACAGGUUGAGCGAGUUUUUGUUUAUUUUGUUGACAGUUCUUGUGUACAUUGAAGCCAGGAUUUGUGUACACGGAUGAAUUUUCUGGUGUGUUUCUGAUUUUAUUGGGUCACCGCUGACAGUUCUAGCGAUCGCUGCAGGUGGAGAAGCGACAGUACCAGUGUGAUAAGUAGAAAGCCGUAACCCUUCAUUUCUGAUACUUCACUCGGUUCUGUCACUGAACAUCCAACUGAAGCUGCUGUGGGCAGGACAUUGAGUUCUCUUCACGACCCCUCCCAAUCACCAAUCACCUUCUCUGGGCUGUCAGCUGGUGUGUUGACCUGGGACGCCUUGUACUAGCAAUGUUAUGUUUGUAGGAGGUGCCGCGGUGAGCUAAGUCUGUGGCGAGUAGAGGACACCUCCGAUGGACAAGACAACUUUUUUUCUUAAUACCUUUUGACAAUCUUUCGAAGUCAUUGAAUAUAUACGAUAUCAAGUGGACGGAUGUUCAAAAUUGUCAUCGUUGGGCGUAGAAGAAACACCAGACUCGAAUGUGCCUCUAAACCCUACAAGGUGAUAUGGCGACCGGGCUGCAGGGGGUGGACACACUGACGGCUUUGCCAGGCUCGUUUACUGAGGUCCCUCAGCAUGUGAGCAGGAUGGGCUUGUACCAGCGAUCUGUCAGUAGACAGAACCUCCACCUAUCCUCCAGCCGGUCCAGUGAAUUGUCUGGAGACAGCCUCAACACUCUGAACGCCCGCUGGCAGAGCAUGCUGAAGGCAGUUUCACCUGUCGUUUCACUCCUGAAGCAGAGAGCUGGAAAGGUAACUGUGGCCAGCGAUGUCCCGUCAUCUUCUCGUCUACAGAGGAAGAAAAGCUUCAGCUCCACGGCUAAUGUUCAGAGUUUUGACCGAGAUGCCUCUAUGCGGCUGGAAGACUACAUUAACCUGCAGCACCUGCAGCAGCUGAUGGAGAAGUUUCAGGUGCACAGGCCUACUGAGCAACAUGGGAACACCAAGAUAAAGAGAGAGGCUGGUAACAUGACCCUGGAUGAGUUCAAAGAAGCCGUCUCCUCCACUCUCGGAACCCCAGCUUGGAAUGACCAGAUUGAUGCUCUUUUCAAAAAGAUGGACACCAGCUGUGAUGGUCUGAUAGAUUGGAACGAGUUCUGUACCUACAUGCUGCUUCAGUACCGUGAGAAUGACUACAUGCGUACCAAGCGUGACAUUCCCUUCCGGUCCUCGGCUCACAUCAAGCAUUGUGUCUUCAACAAGCAAGAGCCCACCACCAAACUUAUCUAUAUUGAGAAUCCCAGUAGAUAUGUCAGCUUUAGCAAGGAGGGUGUGAUAGGGGUUUGGGACACAUCUGUUCGCCUGUUAAAAACAUAUGAAUUACCCGGAGAGGGUGAUGAAGGAAGGAACGGGAAACGACAGUUCAAAGCAUGGGUUACAGAUGCCAUCUACCUCCCAAACAUGAACAAGAUUGUCAUAGCCACUACAAGUCGAGACCUCCAUUUCUUUGACAUAUCUACCAGUUCAUAUUUUGAGGAAUUUCACUUAUAUGGGUUAGCAGAUGUUCCAACUUGUUUUGACUACCAUUAUGAUCGAAAGAACCCCAACACAAGGGCCUGCCUUCUGUAUGGAGAUGAAAGUGGAUGUAUAAAUCUGCUGUACUUCAAAACUCCACAGUCUGGCCAGUUUGAGAGGCCAUUCUCACAUGAUGAAGGAGUCCAAAAAAUUUAUCUUCCUGAAUUACCCCAACACUCCAAAUAUGUGCAGCUAGUUGUCCUGGACAGCAUCCAUCCUGAGGGGAUCAGACAGAUCCUGUACUGUCCCCACAAUGAUGUGGUUUUGUCCUCUAGUGGCAGCCACAGUAGUUCUGUGGUGAUGAUGGACAUUUCACGCAAGAAGAAGACUUAUGUUUUCAAAGUUUCCAAGGGUGUGGAGUGUUUUGACUACAAUAAACACAUGAACAUCAUCGUCACAGGCAGCUCUGACCACAGGGUUCGCUUAUGGAACCCCUACGUCACCAGCAAACCCAUCACAGUACUCAGUGGGCACCACACCACCAUUAUUGAUGUAAAGCUGUUUGAACCCAUGAACCAAGUCUUCAGUUACUCCAAGGAUGCUAUGUUGAAAGUAUGGGAUGUGAAGGAUCACUCCUGCCUCCAGACGGUUGUUCUGAAGUUCCCUUGCCUGGUGAAUGGACGUGUCCCGGAGUAUGGAGCAUUCCCACUAUGUCUGGUUCUCAGCAAAAACACACUUCUCCUGACAUGUCAAGACUAUAUAGGUCAACUUAAGCUGGGUGUAAAGAAAGUCAAGAGUACUUUGCCCACUACCCACAAUGCUCCUCUCUGUACAGCAAUCUACAAUCCACAUUACCAUCAGGUAGUGACAGGAAGUGACGACUCUACUGUGGCAGUGUGGGACAUUGAAACAGGAAACAAGUCCAUCAUGUUCACUAACGCUCACGGCGAUGAGGAGAUCACAUGUAUGACCUUUGACACCUCCCUACGAAGACUCAUCACUGGGGCCAGGGAUGGAACAAUCAAGAUCUGGAACUUUCAAAACGGUCACAACCUGCACAAGUUGGAGGGUGUUGGAGAGGCAGAGGUCACUGGUGUCAUCCCUCUGGAUAGUCCAAAGGUCAUCUUGUCCGUGGGCUGGAGCAGGAAGAUUGUUCUGUAUGAUGACAGUGAGGCAGAUAACAUGUAUGUGACAGCAAACACCAGCUGGAAGGGGGGACAGGCACACAGCGAUGACAUCCUGUCUGUGGCACACUGUCCACCCAACCUGCUGGCCACUGCCAGUUUUGAUGGGGACCUGAUUGUCUGGAGCAUGGAGACACAGAAAAUCUUCCUCAGGCUGCAGAAGGGACAUCACAGCAGAAACAGUCGAAGAGUACAAAGCAGACUUCCUGGGUCAGCUGCAGAAAGUCUCUCCUCUCAGGACAUGCAGGACCUUCAGCAACCGCAGGAGAAAAGAAGGAAACGAUCAAGACACAGCAAAGGCCCCACACCUGUGGACCAGCUGCUGUUCCUGCCCAAGCGAGCAGCUGGCCGGCCGUCAGACUGUGCCCUCCUCAUCAGCAGUGAGGCUGGGACCAUCAACUGGUGGUGCAUCUAUGGCACCAAACAUCACAUGGGUUAUUUCUAUGCACCAGACAUAGAGGAGGAGUCAGUGUUGGGCCUGGCCUCCAGCCCUGACAAUAAUGUACUUGUUACUGGGGACACCAUGGGCUACAUUGCUGUUUGGGACAUCACUGAAUACUGUGUCAAGAUGAGAGACAACAUGAGGAGAGUUAAGUCUCGCCCCCCGCGGUUAGCUUACUGGCGGGCCCACCACAGUGCUAUAGUCAGUGUGGAGUAUGUAGACCACGAGGUGCGCCCGUUUGUUGUGAGUGCAGGGACCGACAAGACAGCACGGCUGUGGACCAUAGAGGGACAAUAUGUUGGCACAUUUGGACAGGAGAAGAAAUGGAACUUGAAGAGACCUUCGACUUAUGAGUAUCCAAACAACCCUUGGCUGACAGCUGACACAGAACACACAUCACCCCGACAGGAUGACGACUCUGCAUCAGACCCUGCUGCUCAACAAGUCAGUGGUGACAAACAUGACUCUGACAACCUAGGACAAGCAGCUGAAGCUUCUGACACUACUCCUGAGGAGAAUGAACCACUGGAGGCAGAGCUGAUGUUUGUUGAUGGGGAAGAUAGAGAGGCUGAAGAGGAGGGGGAUGCUGUGGCCCAGCUGCCAGUCUUGCCUGUGUCCAGAGGAGUACCUGCCACAGCACAGCCAAUCAAAAGAUUACUGACCAGUCAGAGUGAUGACAUUGCAGUGCGAGGCCUGCGGGGCCGCGCCCACACCUUCAGCACCUUGAAGUACAUGACCAGAUCCCAAUCCUUCGUCAUGCCAAUGACGCUGUUAGGUCAUCGCGUGGAAGAGAAUCUUCAUCGAAAGAUCUUCACCCGUCAGGAGCGGAGGAGUCACUAUGGAGACAUCAAUGUCAAGGCCACGGCACCUCUCGGUACCCAAUGCUCCCCUUUCCAGGCUUUAUCCAUGCCUGAGUUGCAGCAGGUUUACCUCCCCUCCAGUCUGCCCAUGAGCCCUCGCAUGGUAAGCCGGGGAAUGGCCGCCACCACAGAGUCGGAGCUGGGUGACCUUCCUCUCGCUGUGACCCCCGUACCAGAGGACAAUGACUUUGAGUCCGUGGACAGGUCAUCGGUUUCUCAGGGUAGUAAGAAGUGGACUGCUGGACGGAAGGUUGCAUCGCUAAACAAACUUAACAAGUUGCCUGCUAUUAAGAGCAUGAAGUAAUAAAAAGGAUUGAAGAUGAUAAUUAUAAUGAUCUAUUUACACUCUGGUUUUCCCUUCCACAUGUAUCUGUAAUGUUUGGCUUGCGCACAAGCCCUUUGGCAUAACGCACAGCUUUAAUUGGCUGCAAUGGUUAAAUGUAAUAUAAAGUGUACAUUCUCUGAUGUUGACUUUACUGUAUAUAACAUUGGAGUAUUUAAGUACUUUAAGUAUUUAAGUACCUUAAGUAUAUAAGACUUUACUGUAUAUAACAUUGGAGUAUCAUUGUGACAAGUAACAGUGAUCUUACAUUGAACUCCUGCCGGUGUUGAUUGUAAUUACCUCCAUGAAAUGUCAUGGAGGUUAUAUUUUACCCCGCGUUUGUGUGUGUGUGUGUGUG